GUAAGUAUUCGAAAUGUCGUCUAUUUCUGAACCUCCUAUCAUCUCACCAGGAAUACUUCACAAGGCGAUCCCGAUCCUACAUGACAGUUACACUAACAGCCAAUGAUGACCCCCAGAUAUCCAAUAAUCGAAACCUUCCAGAUCAUUGAAAACACUUGUAUUUCAGAAUCACAAAUUGACAUUGACACUGUGAAGACAUCGAACGAAGAUUGAAACCAGCCAAAUCGUCAAUCUGAAAACACUAGUAAUCAAAUCAACAAACAUCUCAAUCCAAAAAAAAAGCUUGCUGACUUCAACACAAGACUUCAAAAAGACCACAAUUUGUGCUGUGUUUUUAUCAUCCACAGCCUAGCAAAAGAAGGCAAAAUGCACAGCAAGAAAGCCGCUGCCGAAGAACUCCCGCUGAAAUCAUAUGCCACGUGACUUUCACACAAAUACACCAACGUCCCAAAUUGCAGCUUCUUAUUCUUGAAAUGUGCAGUUAUUCGUUUAUAAAGAGAAACAUCAAAUCUACACACACUCCCACCCACCAACCAACAUGUCUCCCUCCCCACCCCCCAACUCCACACCAACCUUCCAACUCUUCACCUCCCUCCGCUACGACCCCCUCCUCCUCCAAUCCCCCAAGAACAUCGAAUCCUGGCCUCUCCCCACCCCUUCCCCAUCCCCCUUCUACAUGCUCCCCUACCACCGCGACCGUCUCCUACAAGCCGCAUCACACUUCUCUUUUCACCCCGCCAUAACCGCCAUCUCAGGAGCCUCCGGAUUUCAAAACCUCCUCUCUGUCCUCUCCAACUCUAUCGACACACAGUCCCCCACUCCGCUGCGCGUGCGCAUCGUCCUCGAUCACGAAGGCACCAUAACCAUCGAAAGCAACCCAGUUCCCCCAGUCCCCCUAUCCAAUCUCUUCCCGACCCGUCUCCCACCUCCCACCUCGAUUCCCACCCCUGCCCCUACCAUCUCCCCCCUAACAGGCGGCGCCCUAACCCUCGGGCCCACCACCACCCUCCCCAGCGACCCCACCCAAUCAUCCCCCUGGACCAUCAUCCCGGACCCCUCCCCCACCACCCCCACGCCCUACACCUCCUUCAAAACCACCUCGCGCACCCCCUACGACACCGCGCGUUCGCGCGCCCAAAUCCCCACCUUCACCUCCCCCCAAGAAGUCCUCCUCAUCUCUUCCCACAACGCAGAAAUCAUGGAAGGUUCCCUCACAACCCCCUUCUUCUACCGCGAUGGGAAAUGGGUUACGCCGUCUGAGACGAGCGGAGGCCAGAUUGGAACUACCAGACGAUGGGCAUUAGAGAAAGGAAUCUGCAAAGAAAGCACCAUCACCCUGGACUCCUUAACCGAAGGAGAAGAAUGCUGGAUCAGCAACGGCGUGCGCGGUUUCACAUGGGGCAAAAUCCAGCUUGCGCCUUAAGACGACCACCGCAGAUAGAACUAUAUAUAGAAAUCGCACUCUGUAUACCUUGGAAAUUAGAUUUUCGAAUAAAGAUGUUUAAGAUGCA